GGAUUAUCAUAACCUCCAAAUUUUAUUAUGUGCUAGUGAUGUUACAUAAAUAAAAUAUGAUUUACAAGUGGUGGCACCGUUUUGUUCGUAAGAGAACAAAACCCAUACCAGAAGAAACAGCGGUACUAUGGAAACGGCGACUUAGCAUAGCUUAUGGCUUAAUAGCUUGGAACGCAUUUGGAUUAGUAGUUUACAAUGUUUACAAAGGGAAAGCUGAUUGGGCUCAUUAUUAUGGUAUAAAAUCUGACGAGGAACAUUCAACUCCUCCGGGAGCGGCAUGGGCCAAUACAUUAGGAAUUAAAAAUGCUAAAGUCUACAGGAUAUCUGGUUUUAAGAAAGUUGAUGAGUAUGAUAUUAUAGAAGGAGAAGCUGUAUUUAAGGAUAAAGAUAAAGUUGAUAGUCAAGAUAAAGAAACCCUGAAAGAAUGACCUUAGUAUAAAAAAA